UGUACUACUAAUGCGGGGUUCUGGAGAGUCGUCUUUCGAGUGGCCAUACAAUUUUCUGUUUGAUAUUAAGAUCUGAAUUUAGUGUUUGCUAAGAAGUCGAAGUAAGUGGUUGUGUGCCUGAGCUGUGAGACCAGGCUGAGAAGUACAGAGAAAAACAGCAAAGAAGAAAAGUUUAACCACAACAAAACCGCAUGAAAAUGAAGUGACAUAGCAACCCCAUCGUUCCGGUAGAUUGAGAGCUCGCCACCACACCACGAGGACAAAGCCGUUCAACAGGGCUCUCAGUGAGUUGCAAUGCAAACUACCGAUCCGGGGGGAAACGGCCAGGGACCCACUGCUGCUGCUGCUGCUGCGGUUAACAAUAGCUAUAACAGUACUACGUCGUCUUCGACUUUACCCCCGAAGCCGCCUCCGCCGUUGCCGCCAGCACCCGGUUCAUGGAAGGCGCUAAAGGCCAGCAUCCUGCGAUGGCGAGGUUCGAGACGCCUGGUACUCGUCAUCGUUGCCAUUGCACUUCUGCUCGACAAUAUGCUGCUGACCGUCGUUGUGCCAAUCAUUCCCGAAUUUCUGUACGACAUCAGGCAUCCAGAUGCACCACUAGCUAGUUUUCCUAAGACCCCUCCGACGACGUUGAGCCCUUGCGAAAAGGAAACUACAACACCGUACAAUGGCAUCGACAUUACCACACCCGGCUAUGAUAACGCCAGCUGGUAUGCCGAACGGGAAGAGCGACACAAGGAACUGGUCGAGGAGACUGUCGAGGUCGGUUUGAUGUUCGCAUCAAAAGCCUUCGUUCAGUUGUUGGCUAAUCCUAUUGUUGGUCCACUAACUCAUAAGAUAGGUUAUAGCAUCCCCAUGUUUGCUGGAUUCGUGAUUAUGUUCAUUUCGACUAUAAUUUUCGCUUUUGGCAGAACGUACUCCGUUCUCUUUCUAGCUAGAGCAUUGCAGGGUAUAGGAUCGUCAUGUUCGUCUGUGUCCGGUAUGGGAAUGCUGGCCGAUCGGUACACUGACGACAAGGAGCGUGGAAACGCCAUGGGCAUAGCGCUGGGUGGCUUAGCUUUGGGAGUGCUAAUAGGUCCCCCAUUCGGUGGAAUAAUGUAUGAGUUUGUGGGGAAAUCGGCUCCCUUUUUGAUUCUGUCGGCUCUGGCACUGGGCGAUGGGCUUCUUCAGUUGGUGAUGCUGCAACCAUCCGUGGUGAUCGAAGAAUCCGACCCACCAUCGCUGAAACAACUGGUCAUGGAUCCGUAUAUAAUUAUAGCGGCUGGAGCUAUUACAUUUGCUAACAUGGGCAUUGCUAUGCUGGAACCAUCGCUACCUAUUUGGAUGAUGGAUAAUAUGGGUGCAAGUCGGUGGGAACAAGGCGUAACCUUCUUACCUGCCUCGAUCAGUUACCUAAUCGGAACGAAUCUUUUUGGACCUUUGGGACAUCGGAUUGGACGGUGGCUCGCUGCAUUGCUCGGCCUGGUCAUCAUUGGACUUUGUUUGCUUUGCAUACCCAUGGCGACCUCCAUCCAUCACCUAAUUUUGCCAAAUGCUGGACUUGGAUUCGCUAUUGGAAUGGUAGAUUCAUGUAUGAUGCCGGAGCUUGGAUAUCUUGUUGACAUCCGACAUAGUGCGGUGUACGGUAGCGUUUACGCUAUUGGUGAUGUUGCCUUCUGUUUGGGCUUUGCGAUUGGACCUGCUUUGAGUGGUACCUUGGUAAACUCUAUCGGAUUCGAGUGGAUGUUGGUGGGAAUAGCAAUUCUAUGCUUCCUGUACGCACCGUUAUUGACACUGCUUCGGGCACCACCCACUAAAGAGGAGAAAAAGAGUCUAAUUGUUGGCGAGCGUUCGUCGGUGCGGUAUGUCACCUACCAGAACGAGGAUGAUGAUGAGUAAUCGAACAAAUAGUGACAAAAAAACUAAGCGAAACAUGAUAUGCGGACAUUUUAAAGUAUUUAUAUUACCUUAUCGAAAACAAAUAAAAUGACAUUGAUUGAGUAAGGAUAGAAAACGCUUUACAGGAAACAGCAAUCGAAAAAGGAAUUUGUAUGCAUUUUAACAAACUUUCAUAACUGAAGCUAAUACGAUUGAAAAUUUUAUACAAAGGCAUGUCCAAAACUGUAAUGAACUUUGUGUUUAUACUACACUCGUUGAGAAGAGCACUGAGCAAAAAUACUGUUAACAGAUAUCAUCUGAAGAACAAAAUACACAAAUACAUGUAAAUGCGCAUCAAAUCGAAGCACUACCCAAGUAACAUUUCAUUGUUACAUUCAACAAAAAUUUAAAACAAGAAAAAAAAAAGCAAAAAAAAAAACAUUUGAACUAUCGAAAUGUAGCAACUAACUGACGGUAUGUCUCUCACCUAUAUAGGAUCUACGGUACAAUGAACACAUGGAUAAAACUCUUUCAAAGAGAAUUUAAAAAAUAAAAUACACACUCAUAAUUAAAAUUACUCCCUGCAAACUUUCAAAGUCAAUCGGUUUCUAGGGUGGUUUUGACUGCUGAUUUUUGAAUUAAGUUCUUUUCUACAGUUUCGCAAACGGUAAUGAUUUCAAUGUUGAUUCAAAUACAGGACGUUGAAUAGUUCACAUAGCCAGAAAAGGUUUUUUUACUCAAAUGAAAACAUAGUGAAAUCAAAUUAUUCAGAAUCACCUUGGUUUGAUUUUAGGGUAGUCAAAACUGCGAAAGAAAUCGAACGAAACCAUUGCGUAUGCUCAGGGUAUUCGUGCAGAUGGCGGUACUUUGUGAAACUCAUGAAUAGUUCGUAGUUGAGUUGCUGUCUUACAUUUUUGCUUGGGGCGAAUGUGCUACGACGGAGUUCAACAGUGAAACAAUACGAGGUUUAUUAUUGUAUCAGCCUUUGCAGGAUGUCAAAAUAACGGAGAGAAUGGUGUAACUGACACUUCAGUAAUAACCUACAAACAUUCCGUUGCUAAUGGCAACAAAGCUCUGACAUUCGCAAAUGGUUUCGAAAAUUCAAUAAAAGACUCUAGGCUUGAAAAGUCUUUAUGCACUAUUAGUAAUAGUAACUUUUCUUAUGGCUAGCUUAUUCAUUCUUAAUUUGUAAUUAGUAAAUACAUACUACAAUCCUAAUACAAAUUCUGACAAUGAAUGGGAAUCUUUUACUUACACAUAGCCGAAAACGAUGAUCACUCUUCUUUGUACAAACUAGAUCGUCUCAUCAUACCUAUCAUACACUAAGUUGAGCUACACAUAUAUUUGACUGUUAACACAAAAUUAUGUCACAUAUAUCCUUCGGAACUAAUCAUAUGAGAACUAUUUCGUGCAGUAAACAUGUAAAUAUCCGCUCGUUGUCUCAUUCACUAACAUUAACAUGUAAAGCAAGCUUAGUAUCUAUAUACACACACUACUAGGAACAACAUCGUAACAAUAAAAAUUUACAUCUUUUUUUCGAUGAUGCGCAUGCAAAAUUCGAAUGGCUGCGAAUUUUGCUGUUUAUCAUCAAUUUUAUGAGAUGCAACGCAAAACUUUAUCGUUUUUGAGAAAUUGAGUAAACAAGUAUCCAUAGCAAUACGAGUAACAAAAAUCUAUACACGUUGUAGCAAUAGAGAACAACAAACCGAAAAAAUAUUAUUAAAUCUUAGUUGAUCGGGAUAAACUGAAAGCAGCUUUAAAACGCUAUUAUCGAUAUGUAAAAUUGAAAACUGUUGAUCACAUUUUAAAAUGACAUGCUUCCUAUGUCGAAAAUGUGAGCUAACCAUAACCAGAAACUAGAAACAACCUAACGUGAAUCCGUGAAAAUUAUACAAAAUUAUUUGACUCUUCCCUAAUACACACAAACAUCACACAUACACACAUCCAUGAAUUGCUGAUUCAAUCAAAAUGCGUUGUACAGGUACUCUCUAUCUAAGUAACUUAUCACAAAAACUUGAUUUAUACGCUUGUUUAAUCGCUAAUUACUACGAUUAUUCUCAAUUGAAUGGAAUAAUCAAACAUCAGUGUAUUUAUGUCCACCACAAAACAAAUACUUAUAAUCGAUUUUGCCAAAUUUAUGUCAUACUAAUGCAAAGAAUGUAGAAAAAUUCGGACCUAUUUGCGCCGUGUUAUUGUGAACUAGACAAUAACUACUAACGUCUCCUGGAAAUGUAUAACCGAUCAGAUUAAUCAGCGAAGCAAAAAACGCAUUGGAAUAUGGCAUAAUAUGCAAACAAAACUCAUGUGAAAUUCUAUCUAAAACUAAAAUUUAAUCUCUUUUGUAACAACUUGGGUAGCGACAUUUUUAAUUGUACUCACUAAUAGGCUGGUAUGGGGUCACACAUUAAGGAAUCCGUAGAAAUUUUAAGUAACUUAUGCAGUAAUGGAAUCAAUACACAACUCUCUAUUGACCUUAUACGAAAACAAUUAAACUCACUAGCAUUCAUACGCAUAGCAAUUUCACAAAUUGGGUGAAGUACAUUACCCGCUUUCCUAAUCUAACCAUAACUGCGGUAGGUUGCUAUAUAGCGAGUAAAUAAUAGGUACAUGUCAGAUGUGUAUGUUAGUAAAUUUAUGAAAAAUCAAAUAUCAAUAAAAAGAGAAAUAUUAUCUUACAGGGCGAAAAUUGUCCAUCGUACAUUAAAGUGAAGUUGAUUGUUAUACCGAACACAAUGAUAUUUGGGGUAUGAUAGAGAACCUUUAAUCAAAGCUUUACAUUGUAGAAAUCGCCAAACAGUAACGUGUAAAUGGAUGCGUUGAAACGCGUACGCCUGAGUAUAAUAAAACAAUAUUUUUAGGAUAAAUAAUCAAACUAUGACCAAAAUAUUUACAUAUGAGAUCUACACAAGGAAUACAACCAGAUAGAAAAUCUUAUUACAAUAAUCAGAAAAAAAAAAACAAUAAUUGUAUACACGUGACGACAAAUUUUACAGAAAGCAAGAUAUAUAUAAAAUAUAAACAUACAACAAUCCUUACGAAGUGAUAGGUGUACGAAAGUCGUGUAAUUUAAGUAAACCAAAAAAAAAACUGGCUAUCAAAUGUUGAGGUAUUAUUAACGAAACUAAAAACAAAAAAACAUGUAUGUACAAUCUGCAAGCAAAAAGGGGAACACUAAUAAAGUUGUUGGUGAAAUUA